ACCACGGAUUAUCAGAAUGCCAAGGCAGUGUUGAUAGCGCCGUAUUUGAUAGGCGUCGUGUUAAUCUUAGUUGUUCGCUCCACAUGCUACCACUGAUCGCCUCCUUACCGCGUAGUCACGAUGGAAAACACCCAACUUACAUAUUUACUACAAGAUUUCGGAAGAGUAAUCAGAAAACGGCUCUAUACAUACUGGACUGUUUGUUUUCUGUGACUGUGAUCGGGUCACUCGUGGUGGUCGUGUGGGGAGGUCUGUGGGGUGUGAUUGACAUUUACCUCUAUCCAGAUGAUGCUGUCAAAUCUUGCUGGAUGUCACUUAUAGUAGGUUACUCUAUGGUAUUUCUGACGUUUUCGCUGCAGGCGCCUUUGCAGUGGGUUGUCGCAAGACUUCAGGGAGCCCCAAGGCUGUUGAUCGCUGAUGUGUACUUCUUUCUUUCCUUCGCUUCCACGGUGAAUGUAUGGCGAGCAAUUUGGGGAUUUCUGGAUAUUUAUUUUUUGCCAGAUUCGCCUCUCUUAAGCAACUGGUCUUGCCACAUCGUAAGUCUGGCGUUGCUGAUUCUCUUAAAUUGUUCAAAUUCAAUUCUUGUACGAGGAGUUUAUAUAGACGCAGAGGAACCGGCGGGCGAAUGCGUCAUUUUCUCCUGCCACUACCUCCGACUCUUCUUUCAGAAGAAAAGAACAAAGCGACAUAAAGCUUUAGACCUUACGAAAAAAAUGGAGGAAGCCAGUGUGCCUUUGCAAACACCAGAAGAGAAAUUGUAGGCUGCCAUGGUUGUGUAAAACGUAUUAUUAUUUACCGAUAUUUUAUUACGAACAUAGUUCCGACAUAGUGUACUGAGAUUAACUACUAUAAUUUAAAGCCUGACGGACUACGUUUUUAACGAGAUCAAUGAAAUAACCUAAAACCUAAUUAUAUUAGUUUUCAUAAGCUGUUUAAUGAGAUUAAAUGGUUCCCACACAAAAUCAAUAUUUAAAUUUAAUUGAAAGUUGUACCCGUGUUUGUUUCCAUUGUCUUCGUAUAGUAAAAAUUACUAUGUAUAAAAAAACUUAUCGCUUGUAAUCGUCAAAUUAUUAUGACUGUAUACUCUUUUUAAAUUAUUUAAAAAGUUAUGAUGUAAUCUUUAUUUUGUUGUAGUUCGCUAUCGAUACAUUAAAUCGAUUAAUGAACACAAAAAUUGUUACCAAAUAUUAUCGUAAGGGUGUAUGUAUUUAUGCUAUGAGUAAAGAAAUCACGUUUGUCAUAAUUUCAUAAGUAAUUGACGUAAUGUUGGGCGAAUUAGAUAGAAAUAU